AUGCCGAUCACCUGGACCAAUCCAGAGGUACUCGAGCGCCUAUUCAUCGCGACUCUCGCAUCAUUCGACAACAAGGUCAACAUCCGCGAAAUCGCCACCCUCUACGGCGGCGAGAUGACCUACGACGCGCUUGAGAACCGGAUGCGCAAGUUCAAGAAGGCGGCUACUGCGCUCAAGGACGAAGCCGCUAAUGGCGACGGUGCGGCGAAGAGCCCGGUCAAGACACGCGCGAAGAAGGGUAGUGCUAGUCCGGUCAAAGGCGCUGUCAAGACCGGUCGCGUGACCAAGAAGAAGGCUCCGGCUGUUCCCAAGAUCAAGCCUGAGCCGCUGCUUGAGGAGGAGGGUAUGCAGGGUAUCGUUGAGGAGGACCUAGAGGCUGGUGACGAGGUCAUUGACGAGAUUGAGGAGGUCUAA